UUCCAAUUUUACAAAGACAUUUCUCAUUCGUUUUAGAUUAAAUUACAUUAAACCACAAUGUCUCAACUGCAAGCCGGUCAGCAGCUUGUGAAGAAGACCAUGGAUGAGAUGGUCCAACAAAAACAAACCACAGAAAAGGUUUCCAUUCAAGCAAGACAGGAGUUCCGCGAGAGUUUCCAAUCAAGUUACGAAGAAGAAUUUGAAGAGGAGAUUCACAUCGAUGCGCACGGAAACCAGACGUCAAAGAGAAUAGAAUCCAGCAGUGAGAGCUCUGAGCAUUCUAAGAGCGCUGAUGUCCAGGUGAAGGCUACGGGACUCAACAAUGAACAAGUAAAGGCACUCACGGACUGCGCAAACCAGGCGGGACAACUAGCCCUGGACUCUAAAUCUGCAAACUGAACGCAUGUGUCCUUACAAUCGUGCCUGUGAUGGUGGUUGCAAAGAGUGUCAAAGACUGUGUCCAGUGUUCCUUAUUAUUUUAUGAUAAUAAUCAUUUAUAAUAAAGCAAAAUAAUUCAAUAUCAUAAAAUAUCCUUAAAAUUUAAAUAAUGUGUUGAAUUGUGUCGUGCGCUAAGUGUAAAUGGAAAGUGUAAGUUAGCAUAAAAAUGGAAGAGGAAGACGACGAAAGAAAAAUUCGCAGGGCAAACCUUGCCAAGUUUAGUUCUCUCAAUUCUCGCGUGGUGCAACAUCCGUCUCUCGAAGAGGGUUGCGUACGAACGCAAGCUUCCUCGGAGUCAAAUGACGCCAAUACAUCGAGCAUUUCCGCUGCGGCCCAAUUUAGUGAUCGAAGUUUUGUGUCAAAAACGAGCACGUUCUCCCGUAGCGGCACGUCUAGCUCGAGCCAAGAAGAAUGCGAGGUGGCCCACACGACCGUAACGAGCGGGCAGUACUUGGCAGCAGCGCGCGUCGAGUCUGCCCGCUCUAUGGAGAGUCUCCGUCCACGCAAAGAUUCUUCGCCAGCGCGCCCAGCUAGCUCAUGCAUGGUAGUGCGUUCGCACCGCAGCUCGUUUCUUACAGCGAGCGAAAGGGAUAUCAGAGAGGCAAGAGGGGCACCCGCUAGGAGAGCCUUGUCAGGAGAAGACAUGGGAGCUUCAGCUGAAAAGAGGCGAGGGCUUUUUGCAAGUACGGAAAGGAGAGCAUUACAGCAAUUAAGCUUGCCACCUCCGGAGCGCAGGCUAACGAUUCUCAGUCCUCACAGUCCAUUGGCUACCACUGAGUUGCAAUGGCCCUCCCCGUCUGGCAUCCGCGGCAGGCGGAAGAAAGGCAUGGUGUUGCCCAAAUUGAUCCUACCGCGGAGUGACUCGGAUGGAUCCGAAGUAUUCUUUGAAAGGUUAUUUUUUUACAUUUUUACAUUUUAGCAUUGAUCUUGUUGCACGUCUAGUUUCAAAUUUUCGAGAUGCUAUUUGUCAUUUUCUGACACAACAUUUGCUUCACAUGUUUUUCAAUGUUGUCUUUAAAGGUAAAUUAUUUUGAGUUGACUCAAUAGAUGAUACUGUCAAUGUGUAAUACCAAACUAAAUUAUUAAGGCUAUUGGAAUUCAUAGUCUCAAUACUUUAAAGAACUAACAAUUGCAAAAUGCAAUACUUACAUACGAGUACAGACGUCUCACUUUUAUAGAGAAUUGUGAAUCUGUAGUCAUUGAACUUUUUAUUUCUCUCGCAAUGCUGUAAUAUUCUAGAACAAUGUAGUUAGAAUAUAGAACACUGAGACUGCCAACUCUUUAAUGUAUAAACUUUUAUAUCUGUCAAUAUUAAAGAAUGUUAAAGAAC